GAUCAUCGGACAUCGGUCUGUUGUCCUGUCAUUAGCAGUGAGCUUGCAUUUAGCCCAAAAUAUUAAAAUUUGCAACUAAAGUUAAAUAACUCUGUUAUUACACACAUUCUUUCAUUUAACUUAAUUUUUUUCUUUCUGCAAAGGUUGUCCAUAUAAACCUUCAACAUGACUUCCAACGGUGAUAUCGAAAGCCUCGAUGCUAGCGGCAAAAUAAUAAAAAUGGAAGUGGACUAUAGUGCUACGUGUGAUGAAAAGAUACCCAUCUGGAAAUCAUGGGCAGCUAGUGGCAAGGUUCAAGAAGCUAUUGACCAACUCUUAGCUCUUGAAAAACAAACCAGAACGGGAGCUGAUAUGGCUUCAACAGCAAGGAUCUUGGUCACUAUAGUACAAAUAUGUUUUGAGGCUAAGAACUGGACAGCAUUAAAUGACCACAUCAUUUUGCUAUCAAAGAGAAGGUCACAACUCAAGCAAGCUGUUGUAAAGAUGGUCCAAGAGUGCUGUACCUAUGUGGACAAAACACCAGACAAAGAAACAAAAAUAAAACUCAUAGAAACACUGAGAACAAUAACUGAAGGGAAAAUUUAUGUGGAGGUGGAGAGAGCUCGUCUCACCCAUAUUUUGGCUAAAAUUCGUGAAGAGGAAGACAAUGUUGCAGAAGCAGCAAAGAUAAUACAAGAAUUGCAAGUUGAGACAUAUGGCUCUAUGGACAAGAGAGAGAAGGUGGAACUAAUCUUGGAGCAAAUGAGGCUCUGUCUAGCUAUAAAAGAUUAUAUCAGAACUCAAAUCAUCUCCAAGAAGAUUAAUACUAAAUUCUUUGAAGAGGAGAAUACACUGGAGCUUAAAGAAAAGUUCUAUCGGCUCAUGAUAGCUGUAGAUCAGCACAAUGCCGCGUACCUAUCAGUAUGUCGUCACUUCCGCGCUCUCGGCCAAUCGGGUGGCUCCGAGGCGCUGAUUGGUAGUGUCGUAUUCCUCGUACUUGCGCCGUAUGAUAAUGAACAAGCUGAUUUGACGCAUAGAGUAAAUGAGGAUAAGGAGUUGGAUAAAUUACCUGAGUACAAACAACUCCUGGGUCUGUUCAUCAACCCAGAGAUUAUUAGAUGGAAUAUGCUUUGCUCCUCAUACGAGAAGAUGCUCAGAGCUACGCCAUAUUUUAAUCCAUCUGAUGAAAAAGGACAAGAACGCUGGAACGAUCUAAAGAACAGGGUUGUAGAACAUAAUAUCCGCAUAAUGUCAAUGUACUACACGCGUAUAACGCUUCAACGUAUGAGCGAACUGUUAGGCCUAAGUGUCACUGAGACGGAAGACGCGCUCAGCCAGCUUGUUGUAAGCAGUGUGGUGAAGGCCAAAAUCGACCGUCCAGCUGGUGUAGUGCACUUUAGAUUGAACAUGGACUCAUCGGACCGUUUGAACGAAUGGUCUCAAAACCUCAACACGUUGAUGCAACUUGUUAACAAAACCACACACUUGAUCAACAAAGAGGAAUGCGUUCAUAAACAUCUGCUCGCUACUGUGGACUAAAUGUAUUUCGAUCAGCAAUGUGUUCAUUAUUUCUGAACGCCUCAAACUUACUUUUUAUUGUAUUUCUAUAAGAUUAGAGAAUAAAUAUUUCAUAAUAA